GCAGUGCCAAUCCGGCUGUUCCAUGGACCACACCUACACACAGGCAGGAGAGAGAUAUUCCAAAGAUCGCAGGCUGAUCGGAAUCCCAAUCCCAGCUAAGAGGGGCCCAGGACAGAGCUCAGAACUCAAUGAGAUCUUUAAACAUCAUUAACCAUGAAGGACUGGCGAUGGAUUCCACUGCAAAAAGUGAUCUACCCUCUGUCGGACUCGCCUUCGGUGAAGAUGUCCCAGCCCUCCCCUGCGGACGAAGGAGCCACGUUCGAGCAUCUCUGGAGUAGCCUCGAACCUGACAGUACCUACUUUGGCCUCCCCCAGUCCAGUCAUCACCCGGGGGACGAUGAGGAGGGUAACAGGACCCAGCUCAACAUGGACGUCUUCCACCUGCGGGGCGUGAACGAGUCCGUCCUGUCCCAGUUUAAUCUGCUCAACAACAGCAUGGAUCAGAGCCUGAGCAGCCGGGCCAACUCCACCAGCCCUUACACGGCCGAGCACUCCGCCAGCGUGCCGACGCACUCCCCCUACGCCCAGCCCAGCUCCACCUUCGACACCAUGUCCCCCGCACCUGUCAUCCCAUCCAACACGGACUAUCCAGGCCCGCACCACUUCGAGGUCACCUUCCAGCAGUCCAGCACCGCCAAGUCAGCCACCUGGACGUACUCGCCGCUGCUGAAGAAGCUGUACUGUCAGAUUGCCAAGACGUGCCCCAUCCAGAUCAAGGUUUCUGCGCCACCCCCGCCGGGCACUGCUGUCCGGGCCAUGCCCGUCUACAAGAAGGCCGAGCACGUGACCGAGGUGGUGAAACGCUGCCCCAACCAUGAGCUUGGACGGGACUUCAACGAUGGACAGUCCGCUCCCGCGAGUCACUUAAUCCGCGUUGAAGGCAACAACCUCUCCCAGUACGUGGACGACCCCGUCACCGGGCGGCAGAGCGUCAUGGUUCCCUACGAGCCGCCACAGGUGGGCACGGAGUACACCACCAUCCUCUACAACUUCAUGUGCAACAGCAGCUGCGUGGGAGGGAUGAACCGGCGCCCCAUCCUCAUCAUCAUCACGUUGGAGACCAGAGAUGGCCAGGUUCUGGGGCGAAGGUCAUUCGAAGGGCGAAUCUGUGCCUGCCCCGGCAGAGACCGCAAAGCGGACGAGGACCAUUACCGGGAGCAGCAGGCCCUGAACGAGAGCGCUGCGAAAAACGGCAACGCCAACAAGCGCACGUUCAAGCAGAGCCCCCCAGCCGUGCCAGCCCUGGGCACCACUGUGAAGAAGCGACGUCAUGGUGACGAGGAGAUGUACUAUGUGCCCGUGCGCGGACGGGAGAACUUUGAGAUCCUCAUGAAAAUCAAAGAGAGCUUGGAGCUGGUCGAACUCGUCCCCCAGCAGCUGGUUGACUCUUAUCGACAGCAACAACAGCAGCAACAGCAGCAACAGCAACAGCAGCAGCUCCUGCAGAGGCCGAGUCACCUGCAGUCCCCCUCCUCAUACGGCCCGGUCCUGUCGCCAAUGAACAAAGUCCACGGGGUCGUCAACAAGCUGCCUUCCGUCAACCAGCUGGUGGGGCAGCCCACGGCCCACAGCUCCACUGCUGGGGCCAACCUGGGGCCUGUGGGUCCUGGAAUGCUGAACAGCCACGGCCACCCCAUGCAGCCCAACGGGGAAAUCAACGGCGGGCACGCGCCGCAGCCCAUGGUCUCGGGGUCCCACUGCACCCCACCACCUCCCUACAACGCGGACCCCAGCCUCGUCAGUUUUUUAACAGGAUUGGGCUGUCCAAACUGCAUCGAGUAUUUCACAACCCAAGGGUUGCAGAACAUUUAUCACCUGCAGAACCUAACUCUCGAGGAUCUCGGCGCCUUGAAGAUCCCGGACCAGUACAGGAUGGUCAUCUGGAGGGGCCUCCAGGACCUGAAACAGAGCCACGACUACGGGGCCCAGCAGCUGAUCCGCUCCAGCAGCAACGCUUCCACCAUCUCCAUCGGCAGCUCGGGCGAGCUCCAGCGCCAGCGGGUCAUGGAGGCCGUGCACUUCCGGGUGCGCCACACCAUCACCAUCCCCAACCGUGGCGGCGGGGCCGACGACUGGGCAGACUUUGGCUUUGACCUCCCCGACUAGAAGGAAAAUCAAUUUGAAAGCUGGGAUGGUGGUCCAAACCGUGAUGUUCGAGCACCUGCACGCUGUCCCGGAGGAAAGGAAAACGCCG